CAAAACACAUUCAUUAAUUUUUUUCAAGAAAUUUAAGUUAAAUUAUCCCAUUUAUGUUCAAAAUGGGCAGCUCUCUAGUUCUUUCAUUGGCUAAUUUGUUGAUUAUUUCAACAAUUGUGUCAUUUGGUUCUUUAGUUAUGGUUAAUGGUAUUUUCUCAGAUAAUAUGUACAUUAAUUGGGGUUCUCAUCAUUCUUGGAUGCAAGGAGAUGAUCUUCAACUUGUCCUUGAUCAAUCUUCUGGUUCAGGUGUACAAUCAAAAGGAACAUUUCUAUUUGGAAGUAUAGAAAUGCAAAUUAAAUUGGUACCUGGAAAUUCUGCUGGAACAGUCACUGCAUACUAUUUAUCCUCAACUGGUGACAAGCAUGAUGAAAUUGACUUUGAGUUUCUAGGAAAUGUAUCAGGACAACCAUAUAUUAUACACACAAAUAUAUUUACUCAAGGUGCUGGAGGCAGGGAACAACAAUUUUAUCCAUGGUUUGAUCCAACUGCUGAUUAUCAUAAUUAUACCAUUCAUUGGAACCCUAAUGCAGUCGUAUGGUACGUUGACGAUAUACCAAUUAGAGUCUAUAAAAACUAUCAGAGUCAAGAUAUUCCCUAUCCGAACGCGCAAGCAAUGGGGGUUUACUCUAGCCUUUGGAAUGCUGAUAGUUGGGCAACUAGAGGUGGUCUUGUCAAAUGUGACUGGACCAAUGCACCAUUUAUAGCCAAGUAUCGAAAUUUCGCCCCACGGGCCUGUGCCUGGAACGGACCUAUUAGCAUUAGUCAAUGUGCAACUCAAACUCCAAGUAACUGGUAUACUGCUCCUGAGUAUAAUCAAUUGAGUUACGCGAAACAAGGUCAAAUGGAAUGGGUUAGGAGCAAUUACAUGAUUUAUGAUUAUUGUAAAGAUACGAAGCGAUUUAACGGACAAUUUCCUGGAGAGUGUUUUAAACCUCAAUUUUAACAAAUAAAAUUGAGUCCAAUAUAUAUAUAUAUAUACACACUUACAAAAAAAAUGAGAUGUAUUAUUGAUACAUAUAUUCUUGUUUUUUUUCUUGAUUUUUUGUUGUAAUUUAUUUUGUUCUUUUUUCUUUUCUUUGUUUUGUCAAGAUAUAAUACCCCAUUCUUUUGAUAAAAUGUUGUUUUAAUUGUAAUAUUUGUUCAUUGGAAAGUUUAUCAUGUAUACCAUUUGACCUAAGAUAAAUAAUUAAAGGAAGUAUUGAUGAUAAUGCAAAAUUUAGUAUACUUCUACACUGAUUUAUGCAAAAAUUUCUUUUAGAUUUUUCAUUUAGAUUUUGUCUCUAUUUUUAGAAGUCAGGUGAAUAUGGCUUUAAAUACUUGCAUAAAUUAGGAUGAGAUAAUUUUAGAUUAUCAUCUAAAGUUACUUACAAAUUGUUAGACUGUAUAAUAAAAAUGUCCAUCAAUGGUAAGAAAUAUUAAAAAAAAAAAGGGGACUAAUUGCUAAAUAACUAUUUUAAAAAGGGAUAAGUAGCGAAAAUUCUAAAUUUACUCCACUACUCUACCUCGAUUUUUCCAAAAAUUGAAUCCCUCAAAAUGGCUGAUAAGAAAUCUAAAAUUGAUUUGCUAUUAUGUAGUGGAGAAAUAAGAAUAAAUUAUCGCUCGUAAUGGUAUAUCAAGGUUGUAAAAAAGACAGAAAUGGCGUCACAGGUAACUGAUGACGAUUUUAGAAUGGACCAAGGUGGCUUUGAUGAAGAGGUCGCCAUCACAAGGGCGGAUUUAGGAGGGGACAACGGUAUUUGUCCAAACUCCCCUUGAAAAAUAUACUCUGUAUAUUCUGAGCAGCUCGUAAGUAGCAUCCUGCUACUGAUCAAAAUGAAAUCAUUUAAAUCAUCGACCGCCAUACCAUAUAUUUCUUCCAUUUAUAUUAUCACACGAGCUAAUAUUAUCCCCUCUAAACACAAGUUCUUUUAUCUAUCACCACCAAAUCAAGUAUAAAUUAAUUACAAAAAAUAAGAAUUAAUGUAUACAAGUUUGCAUACACUAUCAUUUUUAUAUUAUACUUUACCGAAUUAAAAUUUACAUACAUUCUAUCAUUUUCAUAUCAUACUUUAUGAAACUAUUAUCUGCAUACAUAUUAUACUCUAUCAUUUUCAUAUUCUAUUUUACGAAAUUAUAUUGAAUAUAUUAUUGUCGAUCAAUCUAGGCCCGGGCCCAACCCGUUCUUCAAAUGGGCCACAAAGUCAAAUUGCAAAGAAAAUCAUCCACAAUUUAGUCAUCCACGUGGAACCUUUAUCUUCUUUUCUCAUUUGCUCUCGUGAAACCGUAACGUAAAAUAUAUACACACAAAAUAAUACACUCUCUGUUAUCCCUACCCCCCGCCCCCUCGCCGCCGACUUUUUUUUUCUUCACCGGAAAAUCUUCGAGUUCUACGCCGGUGUUAUUUGCUUCGAUUACAACUCCGUUUUCUUCUUCUUCAAUCAAAUCUGUGUGUGAUUGCUGUUUGCGCCGUCGCCGAAUCUUCAAAA